ACACAGACACGCGGCCUCCCGCACGCCAGCUCACGCACACGCCCAAGCACGCAUGUAAACCCCACAGCCAGCUGUCCCCAGCCUCGGCCCGCGGAGCCCCUCUGCUGCGGCUCUGAGAGGUCAGUGCAGCGCAGGCUGGACAGAAGCGAAACCUGCCCGGCAGGAAGUGAAACAGCUGCUGGGCUUUUCUUGUGCUUCUGGCGCAGCUGUGGAGGACACUGAGCAACAGCCGCAGUUUCUGGCCCUGCUCGGAGGAAAGGCAUCCCAAUGGCGGUGGGGGACCCAUCUGGGUGGCCAACCCUGAACUUCCUGCUGUUGGCUGUGGCAGUGUCUUUCUUGGGCUCAGCCCUAUCCAUAGAUGAAGUACGGACCCACCUGUUGAUGAAGGAGAAGAUGAUGCGGCUGGGUGGGCAGCUGGUGCUGAACACCCAGGAGGAGCAGGCCAACGAGAAGCUGAUGGCCAUCAAAAUAGCCGAGAUGACCAAGGCCAUGAAGACCCUGGUGUUCCCGCCCAGCAUGCACUUCUUCCGGGCCAAGCGUCUCAUUGAGAAAAGUCAGGUGUUUAAUAUCCUGAGGAUGAUGCCAAAAGGGGCUGCCUUACACCUCCAUGACUUCGGCAUCGUGAGUAUGGACUGGCUGGUGAAGAACGUCACCUAUAGGCCCCACUGCCACAUCUGUUUCACUCCCCGGGGCACCGUGCAGUUCAAAUUUGCUGACCCAACUCCUGCCACCCUUAUGACAGAAGACUGUUCAAAGUGGAUUUUGCUGGAGGAUUAUCGGAAGCAGGUGCAGAAUGUCACUGAGUUUGACAAUAGCCUGCUGAGGAAUUUCACUCUGACGACCCAGGACCCUGAGGUGACUUACCUAGACCAAAAUGUCGUCUGGGCCAAAUUUGAAACCAUCUUCUUCACCAUCUCCGGCCUUGUCCAUUACGCGCCAGUGUUCAGAGACUACAUCCUCCGCAGCCUGGAGGAGUUCUACAAGGACAACGUGCUCUACUUGGAGGUCAGAGCCAUGCUGCAGCCGGUGUACGAGCUGAACGGGGAGAUCCAUGACAAGGACUGGUCCGUGAAGACUUACAAGGACGUGGCUCAGAUGUUUGUGCAAACUCACCCCGAGUUUAUUGGAAUCAAAAUCAUCUACUCGGAUCACAGAUCCAAAGACGUGUCUCUCAUCAAAGAAUCCAUCCGAACAGCCAUGGAUCUUCGAACCAAGUUCCCCAACAUGGUGGCAGGGUUUGACCUGGUGGGGCAUGAGGACACCGGCCACUCCCUGUUUGACUACAAGGAGGCUCUGAUGAUUCCUGUCAAGCAGGGUGUCAAACUACCCUACUUCUUCCACGCUGGGGAGACGGACUGGCAUGGUACUUCCAUAGACAAAAACCUUCUGGAUGCCGUAAUAUUGAACACUACCAGAAUUGGCCACGGAUUUGCUUUGAGCAAACACCCAGCCAUCAGAGCUUUCUCCCAGAAAAAGGACAUCCCCAUAGAAGUCUGUCCCAUCUCCAACCAGGUCCUGAAAUUGGUGUCUGACUUGAGAAACCACCCUGUGGCCACCCUGAUGGCCAUUGGGCAACCCAUGGUGAUCAGCUCUGACGACCCAGCUGUCUUCGGUGCCAGAGGCUUGUCCUAUGACUUCUACGAGGCCUUCAUGGGCAUUGGGGGGAUGAAGGCCGACCUGCGGACCCUCAAACAGCUGGCCAUGAACUCCAUCAGGUACAGCGUCCUGUCGGAGGACAAGAAAACUGCUCUCAUGGAGACCUGGGAGAAGAGAUGGAAAAAGUUCAUAGCUGAUGUGGUUACGCAGUGAGGAGAAGACGGCCAUCCUCCGCACACCUCCUCCCGUCGGUAGCCUGUCUCCAAUCCACUCCCGCGCCCUGGCGCAUCAGUGGCCUCCGUGUUGACUGACCCGUCAGAAACUCUAGGCCAGCUGACCAAAUUCACCAUAAACGUUCUCCUCUCUCAGCUGCAGUGA